AUGGGCGAAGUAAAUAAACUCAACACCUUCCCCGACAUUAUGAGAAAGUGUUUUAAGAUGGGACUUUUUAAAAUAAUCCCAAGUCAAGAACUAAGCAAAGAAAAACAUCAAGAAUCCAACGAUGGCAGCGGGCAAAAGGAUGUGGUGUCUACCAUCAUUGGCGAUUACGGCCGCUGGCAGUUACUGAUGACCUUUUUACUAUCUUUAUUUUCUUUUCCUUGUACCUUUCACAUAUAUUUACCAACAUUUACGGCAAAAAUAACAAAGUUUUGGUGCCGAAGGCCAGAAAAUUUAUCAAGCCUACCACUUGAAUAUUGGAUCAACUACAGUCAACCUGUGGACGCCUGUUCUGUGCGCAUGUUGCCAGACGGAAUAACUGCUGAAAGUAUUAUAAACAAUACCGCCCCACUUAUAGACUCCUUUCAAAAGUGCACUAAUUGGGAUUUUGAUCGAUCAGAAGUCGGUGACACGAUUAUCUCGGAAUGGGAUCUUGUGUGUGAUAGAGCUACAUUAACUAAUUUAGCGGAAGUUGUAUUCUUAGUCGGCGUAGGUGUGGGUGGAGUAUUGGGUGGAUGGAUAUCUGAUAAAUUUGGACGGAAGCGGAUCCUAAUAGGCAUGAUGGUAGCACAAAGUGCAUUGGCUAUCAUAUCUCUUCUAGUGCGAUCAUACUUGCAAUAUGUGAUCGUAAGACUCGUAAUGGGUCUGGUAUCAGUGUCUGUGGUCUACGCAGCUUUCGUUCUCUCCGUAGAGUUAGUAGGCGGUUCGUGGGUGACAAUUGCUGGAGUAUGCAAUUUCUUCCCAUUACCAUUGGCCUACAUUAUAGUCUCACUACUUUCGAUGAUAUUACCCAAUUGGCGAGAUUUACAACUAGCCAUCUCUGUCCCGGGAUGUUUCCUGCUCCUUUUAUGGUUCGUUUUACCAGAAUCUCCGCGAUGGUUACUAAGUAUGAACAGAACGCAAGAGGCAAAGGUGGUUUUAGAAAAAGCAUCGAAAUUUAACAAAAAAGAUAAUAUUGCUGAUAUAGACAAACUACUAUUAUUAUACAAAACAGAAAAUGUCAAAGAGGAACCUAGCGUACUGAUGCUUUUCAGAGGUUAUUUAUUGAAGAGAACAUUUUGCCUGUUUAUAAUAUGGUUUUCAAUGACCAUCGCAUACUACGGGCUAUUACUGAAUAUUGGAAAAUUCAAUUUGGGAAAUUUACACCUUACGUCAAUAAUAUUAGCUGUCGUAGAAAUACCAGCUAUAGCUCUAAGUAUUCCUGUGUUAUUCAAAGCCGGAAGACGUAUUCCCAUAUUUACUACUAUGAUCGUUUGUGGACUUGCCUGUGUUGCAAGCGAGUUAUUUUCUAUAUCUUUUGAUGACACCUGGAUUAUGAUAUCAUGUCUUAUGGUCGGCAAAUUCGCAAUCGCCUCUACAAAUAUCAUGUUACCAAUUUUUACUGCUGAGCUUUAUCCCACUGUGAUAAGAAACCUAGGCGUUGGCGCUAGUCAAAUAUCUUCAGGAUUAGCAUUAAUUUGCAUUCCGUACUUAUGGGAAUUGACGAAAUUAAAUGAGCACUUACCUAUGGUGACUAUAGCAGCGAUGAGUUGCGCUGGCGGCACUGUUGUACUAUUAUUACCUGACACCGUUACGUCUGAAAAAUCUAAAACGUUAAAAACUUCAACGUGCAAUGGAACGUUUACAUCCACUGAUGAUAGAGGGCAU